UAAGGAAUAUCAAGAUAGAAGUGGGUCUGUGCAUUAAGCUUAUCUUAUCAGCGACACUCGACCAUUUCCCAUUUGGGCAACUCGUCACUUAGCGACGACAAUAAUCAAGCGACAACGGACCCUAAGUAAAUAAUUAUGCAUGUUUCAUUCAGUAUCUAUAGCUAUGCUAUCUUUGUAGAAAAUAUAAGUGCCUAUUUUAGGCAGGCUGAAACCAACGAGGGAGAUCCUGAAAUGUAGAUGUAUGACCGAAAUCGACGGGAAAAUAACUCCACAAGGAUGGUUUCUCCUUAUAACAAGGUGAGACUUCUAGAAGUCUGCAAAUUCUUUGUCAACUUCCUCGAAAUGGUCGAAGAAGGCCUUGAACAUUUGCACACCGAGACCCGGGUCAAGGCUACCAGUAGUGGCUCGGAUACUGUGCAUGCUCAGCUGCGGGAUUCCAACAUCAAUAGCUCUCAUACCAAUUCUAGCACUAGUCAUGGGUCCAAUAGUACCACCGCUGCGGCUAUCGUUUCUAAUCUGGAAAACUUGGAGUCUGCAGCCGCCCUUGACGGCAAGACGCUGGAAGAGCGCAGUGCUAACGCCCUCGGUAGUCAUAUGGCCGUUUGGAUCAGCAGAAACGGCGACACCGUAAUUCAGACGAGGCGAGUGAUUCUCAAGGUAAGCGUUGAGGAAGUUAGGGUUGACAGCGUGAGUGACGUCAGAGGACACGAAGAAACUGUUGGCAACAGUUUGAGAGAAGAUGUUGGGUCCAUAGCUUUCACGGCACAAGGACUGGGUGAUUCGCUCCAUGACGCUGCUCAUGAAAUUGGAAUUUGCUCCACCACGAAGCAAGCUGCCGAUUUCCUCGUCAUCAAACAUGCCAACCAUCUUGAUAAUACCAGACGACAUGUGAUCAGGGGAGGCAAGGACUGCUUCAUGGGCACUGUAGCAGCACAGUUUGUCGUCGAUACGGCCAGCAAAGAUAAGAUCCUUGUUUAGACCACCGACCUGUGCAGGCUGGAUAUCGAACAGCUCUAGCUCCCAGUUGACAAUGGUGCUGUGAUCUACGUCAAGCUGUUGGGCGAUCGCAUUGACAAGCCCCUUGGGCUGGGUAGAAAUAAAGUUGUCGGUGCCUAGGUCUCCACCGUACGAGUCCUUGGUCGAUAGCUCCGGGCCCUUGAACAAGUCCGAGUUGUCAACUCCGAUAAUGGGAGUCAUUUGAGUCUCCUUGUUGAACGGUCCAGCGGCGGCAGCACCGAAGUGAGGAGCAAGGGUGGGAAUGCGAGCAAUUGGCCAAUCCAGCUUGACCAGUCUCCUCUCGACCUUAUUAGUUUUGGGGUCACGAACCAAAACUCGACCUCCAAUGCCGAGAUCACGAUCCCACCAGGUCGAGUUCAUAGCACCUGCAUAUGGAGCGACUCCGAGCUGGACGUAUCCAGCUUUGUUGGGAACUGUCGGGAGUGGCUUCAGCUUCGUGCACAGAGCGUCGACGUGUCCACCAACGAUAGCCAUGCCAUUUCCGGGGGUGUAGUUCUUGCCGACGGCGAAAGAGAUGAUAGCACUAUCAUUUCGGGUGACGUAGUACUUCUUCCCGCGAGCGAGACACCAGGGCUCACGCUCAGUGAGCUUGAUAUAGCCCUUGGCCUCAAGCUUCUCGGCGAAAGCGUUGACAGCGUGGAAGAUGGUUGGGUUUUUGGUCAUAAAUUCACAGAAGGGUCUGGUAUAGGCUCCUGGGUUGAAUUCGGUGUGUUCAUGGUGGAUGGAUUCAUCUAGGGGUCGCGGGCGGUGCUGGAGGCUGGCCUGAGACUGAGAAAGGUACUCGCUAGAAGAGCCGAAGGAGGCGAUUGAGGGGACCUUCUUCGUCAUCGUGCCGACUUAUACACACGACUUACACCGAUAUAACAACUGUUAACUGUAGCGAUAGAAUUCUGAAGGUCUCUGGUCAUUCGAGAUGGAAGUGGCUGACUCUUAAGAGCAAAAUGUUAUGUGGAUGACGAAAAAGCCAGCAUAUGUCCAGAGUAGCUUCGAUGACGGUACUCCCCGGGUUUAAGUAAAUAUUUAUGCACCAGAGUCUCAAAAUUGGGGAGCGGCCGGCUAAGCUAA